ACCCAAUGAAUCCAAGUGAGGAAGGUGGUUCGUACGAUUCCGAUAGCGGGGCGUCCUCCUCAUCGUCAUCGCCUCCGUCGCCACCACGACCAGCUCAACCAAGCCAGCAUCAUCUCAAUCACCACAACAUCGUGAAACCACACCUACCUCCGCAAACGCUAAACUCCACCAUAUCACCGCCCCCGCUGCCCCUCCUACCAACACCCCUCCAGCACACCUCGCCGCCUUUAUUACCCCUCAACCACCACCAGUCCCUCCUGGGUAAGGUGCAGCUUCCACCUUACAUAGCCGAGAAGCUCCCGCUAUUGACGAACAAUCACUUGAUGCAGGAGAACAAUAGGAGGAUGCUGCUCAAGGACACAGAGAUGAAACCGAGAGAUCAUCAUCAUCACCACCACCACCAGCAGCAGCGGCAUCACCGAUCACCAUCCUCGUCGCCCAGCAACCAUACAAGUCCUCCCGUCUACAUCCCAGAGGACGUGAUACUUCCUCCAGAGUUCGAGCUGCAGGAGAGCUGCAUCCAGGAGGCGGGACUGGGUGUCUUCUCGCUGGUGGAUAUUCCACAGGGGCGCAAGUUUGGCCCCUUCACCGGUGUUGAGAAAUCUUCCGUCAAGGACACCCAGUAUGCGUGGGAGGUAAGGUUUGAAAGCAUUUCUUUAUUUGAUGCCUUUGUCUUUGCAGGUGGGUCCAGUGAUUCAUUGCAGCCGAGACUGAAGAUCUGUACAACUCAAUGGCAGUGAGCUUAUACUUUGAUCAUUUUAAUAUUUGUUUUUCUGUCUCUAUUUUUCAACUACUCCAUAAUGGGGACCUUUUUUCUUUUUAUCUAUUUCAUUCAGUUUUCAAUUCAAAUUUUCGAGAUCACUAACUUUCCUUAGAAUCUAAUAUUUUGCUAUGCCCGAUGUUAUUGACAAGCAAACGUGCUAUUGCAUUUCAAAACAACAUUGAAAAUUGCGAUUGGUGUCAUCUACAAAACAUAUCAAUCAAUGGCAUCGGGAAAUUAAUAUGGGAAAACCGAUAAUCAGAACUCAUGAUAGAUGAUGUCAAUUCGUCACAUAAUCACAUAUAUGAUAAUGAGUGGAAACUGUGAACGUGUUAUUAUUACAAAUGGAGAAUAUAUCACUUGUCAGCAAUAGACCCCGACAAGAUCUUUCCCAUAUUUGUCAACGCUUACAGUGCAAGAGCCUGUGAAUCCCAAAAAUUUUCUGUCAUCUACUCCUGGGCCCUAUUUUUCUGUCUCUAAUUUUUGCCCAUAUGAUUUUUUUAAUGGUUCUUUUGGACGCACGUUGUUAAACCCGUAAACGACUCAUCCAGAUGUGCCUGCAAACAGACCACACUGUUAAGAUUUUUGACACGCUAUUGUUGGGAAUAUGGAAUAUGAAGUAUCAGUAAUUAUAUUCAUAUCCUGUCGCAGGUGUGAAGUGAAAUGAGGUGUUUCAUCCAGAGUGUGAUUCCAAAUGACCGAGAGAAGAUGCAAGAACAAAAACCAGAGGGGACCUAGAAAUUGAUUGGCAACCGUUUCAUGGUCUAGAUAUGUUUGGUUAGCCCCAAAAUGGGAUGGCUCUGUGUUUCGUUGUUGUGAACCGUACCAUCGCAGGGUUUAAUGUACCGGAGAUAAGCUGUCUGUUGCACACAUUAAAAAUUCCUUUGUUAGACGUUGGUGAUGUGAUAAUUGAUAGGUCCUUUAAUCAGCUUCUCUUGCGUUUAGGGUGAACUGUCCUGAUGACUGGAAGGUAGUUUGUGGUGACUUCAAUGUACAUGCAUGCAGCUGGAUUGGUGAGAUGCUUUUGCACCCGUCUGAUCAACAAGAAAUACCUGCUACCUCAUUACUAGUGCACAUUUUCCCCCCAAAUAUGAAAUACCUGCCAAUUAGUGGAUUUUUUUUUUCUUCAAAUUAUGAGUUUUGUAAGAAUUUCUCUAGAGGGUCAUAAUGAUGCAGUGUGAAAGGAAGCGAUCAUGAGAACUUGUGUGAGCAAAGAACUUGCAUCAUCUGCUCUAUCAUACACCAAUUUGGUUUGGGUGUUGUCGUUAUGGUAAUACUGUAGAUCAAUUAGGGAAGGGCGAUUUUGUAACCGGUAAUUUCUGACUGGGGGUUUAAAGUAUACAAAUUAUUGCAUAAUGUAUUGUAGGUGAUUUUUAUUCUUCACUGGAAGCCCCCCCCCCCCAGUUAUGGCCACCAUAAGUUACAUUGCUCUGGAAACAAAUUCAUCACUAUCAUUAUAAGUUUGUUGCAGGCUUUAAUAAGAAUUUCGUGCAGGGGUGAAUGUGAUAGUGAUCAUCAGUAUUUCGAGGCCUGAACGAGUUCUCUCAAUUUAACAGCAUUUUCUUUCAUGAGGCUGGUGUAAAAGGCGCCUACUGUUAGUAGCUGAAUGGUGUUUAAUGUGAGUGUGGUAAUUUGUAGGUUUGUGAUGGGCUGACACCUUGAGAGGAAAAUCAUGAUCAUAGUGUCAAAUUAAUUGAGAGAGACCACAAGAUAAUGGGAGAAGGACAAUGGCGUGGUACCAAUCACCAGCUUCAGGAGGAACCUGAACAAGGAGGAGGUGCUAAUGGACAUGGCGUAAUAAGAUAAUCGCUGUGGAUCAGGGAGGGAAAAAAUAGUGCGUGACCUUUUAAUUGGAUGAAAUAUUAACAAUUUCGUAGGUGAAAAUGAAUUUGUUUUGAAAACUUCCGAAAGCAGAUGUUUAAAAAUGUUGAAGACCUAUACAUGUAGAAGUUUGGAAUAUCUUUUUGAGAAGCCAGGUGUCGGUUUUGGAGAUCUCCUUUGGAGAUGGAUCUUUAUUACUGGUAACUCUAAAAGUUUGGUACCGGAGUACAUUUUGAAAGGAAACAUCAGAAUGUGUACUUGACACUCAAACUCAUUUCAUGUUGUGAAAUAUAGGUCCAUGUCCGCUGUGGAAACUAAUUUGCAGCAGAAAUUUUGAAUUUUGCUGAAGGGAUUCUUGUUACCUUGACAAUGAAGAAGGAUCUAGGAUUGCCUCAAACAAAAUGCCUUUCUCGAUGUCAUCACACUAUUGUAGAUGUAUCCACUUACUAUAGAACCGAUAAAAAUUUAGUAAAUUGAAAAAGAAAUCUCUUUGAAAAAUAAGAAAAAAGUAAACCUGAACUUUUGAAGGAAUGAUAGAUACGAGGCAUGUUUUGAAACCGUGACAAAUUGUCGCUGGAAUUCCCUCUUUCCCAUUCCCCGAGUCUCAUUUUGAUCGGGCCGGUUUUGACGAGAGCCGAGCGGAGGGAGCACCGCUUUGUAACAAGUGUCGGGGGAAUCGCAGUGAUAGAAAGGUAUGCGAGGAAGCCUGAAUGCCGUGUAGAGAUUGCUGUCGGAUUGCAUUUCUCCGAGGGAGGCAUGUAUCAGAAUUGGAAUCUGUGACAAAAUAUCUAUCUUCUCUUUUAUUUAUCCUUAUCGCUUCACUCACUCAAUCCAUCCUUUUCACCUCCUCCUCUCUUCUCCCUCGUUCUCUCCACCUCUCCCGUUCUGUCAUCCCAUCCCAUCUCAUCCGAUCUUCCCUCCAACCUUGGGGCUAUUGCCUUCUGUGGGGAAUACAUUGGGUUGUGUUAUCGUUAAGAUGUGUUUGGGAGUAUAUCACAUCUCAGCUUGGGGUAUUGGCUAGCCUUGAUCUCUGUGCAUCUUUCUAAUUGCCAAUCUUGUCUGUCACAUCUCGAUGUCGAAGAAAACAGUAAGGAAAAGGGGGAGUGAUCGGGAGGGGGGGUAGUCGCGGUUUUGUGUCAAAGAUUUUGAUUUUGGAAUGUAGAGUAUGUCUUUGAUGAACUGUUACAGCAGUGGGAGGUGAGAGAUAAUCGUUGAUGGAUUGAAAGCACGGAUGGAAAAAAGAGACUGUCAUUAUCAACAGUGUAUUCAUUCCAAAGCAACCUGAUAUUAUCUGUAAUAAACACAUUUAGGAUUACAUUCCAAAUCUAAUGUCUUAUUUGCAACUCUAGAGAUUCCCUGAAUAAAUGUUCUUUAACUUUUGAAUAAAAGAACAUAAAAGUGCAUUGAAGGACAUACCACAAAUAUCCUUGAUACUACUGAGGAAGGGUGUGGGGGUGGUAAUUUCAGUUUGAUCCAGGUUCAUUUUGUUUGACAUACCCUCAAUUAAAUAUGAAUAUGCCUAAUUGGACAGCAAAUUAUUUAUCAAUAUUUCACUAUUUGUGGGACAAAUUCAAUAUGGACUUUUAUAUAAACCAAGUAUUACAAUAUUUUUUCAGUUCCAUGUCAGUAGACAAUGAAAAUAAUUUAUUUUCAAAGGCAAAUUAUGAAGAAUGUAUUUUGACCUGAGCUAAGGGAGAAAGACUAAUCUAAAGACUUGAAGGCUUACAGCGAUUGUAACAGAGACACAAUGGUGCGAUUGCAACCCUUAAAACUUAUGAAAUCAACCAUUUCACACCCACCAAGAAAACCCAUUUAGGGUUCUACUCCACUUUUGAAGAAGAUCUCUGCAGGUACCACUGGUAUCAAGGGAAUCCACAUUACCCCCCCUUAGGAUUGCCCCUUAUUUCAACUAAACUGGACAAUCAUCAUUUCUACCAUUAACACCCUUUAGUCUUUACUGUUACCACCGGUAUAAGGGGUAACCUGGAUCCCUCCUUUGGAUCACCCCUGACUUGAACCACCACCCUGUAGUGUCAUCAGCCAAACCAAUUUACCCUCUACCAGUGGUACCGCCAGUAUCAGGGGUAACCAAUACCCCUUUCAUUUCACCCCUGACUUCACCACUCUACCAUUAACACCCUUUAGUCUUUACUGUUACCACCGGUAUAAGGGGUAACCUGGAUCCCCCUUUGGAUCACCCCUGACUUCCACCACCCUGUAGUGUCAUCAGCCAAACCAAUUUACCCUCUACCAGUGGUACCGCCAGUAUCAGGGGUAACCAAUACCCCUUUCAUAUCACCCCUGACUUCACCACUUUGUGUGGUGUCAUCAUUUUUAUCAAGAACACCCUGUACCGGUACCACCGGUAUUGGGGGUAACCAGAACCCUCCCCUUUUCAUCACCCCUGACUCCAACCGUUCUAUAGUGUCAUCAUCUCUACCAGUACGACUGGUAAAGGGGUAACCAGGAACCCCCCCUUUGGAUCAACCCCCACUUCCACUUCUCUUUAGUGUCAUUAUUUCUACCAAUUACACCCUGUACCGGUAGCACAGGUAUCAAGGGAAACCAAAACACCCCCUUCAGAUCACCCAUGACUUCCACCUCUCUGUAGUGUCAUCAUUUCUACCAAGAACUCAAGAACGCCAUAUACUGGUAACACCGGUAUCAGGGGUAACCAGAGCCCCCCCCCCCUGCCCCCUUCGGAUCACCCCUGACUUACAUGUAAUCUACUCCAGAGUGUCAUCAUCUUCCCGCCAUUAGCGAUGAGGAUGAGAGAUGAUGCGAAAGAUGGAAUCGGAAUUGGUUAGAAAUCAAGUUUAUGCAUUCCAGCCCCGGGGUAUGCCAAAAUAUUGAUGGUUUGCUUUUCCCUGAUGGUGCGCUACAUCAUGGACCUCGGUCUAUAGGUACAUAGAAUGGUAGAAGACAAGUGGAGAUCGGUAGAAAUCGUUAUUUCCUUGAGUCAGAUAUAUCACCAAGACUCUGAUCUAGAAUCUAACCAGCAAAUCUCCUAAAUUUAGAAUAAAUGAUAACAUAGAUAUCAGAUUAGUAUCAAGAAACUGGGACAAGAAUGGAGAAACAUCCAGCUCCUUUAUAUGCCAACUACAUGUAAUAUCAGUCCAUUUGAAACAUAUCCGCAUGAAUUAUCUUGGCAUUUAAUAUAUCUUAUUAUUUGAUGAAGUGCCUGCACUUUGAGGAAAACAUUUUAUGUUAAUAUCAUGAAGCAUUGAAAAUGAAAAAAAGAAAAGAAUUCAUGAAUGUUGCAUUACAUGAUGUAUGGACAGCUGCUUCCAUGUGAUGUGAAAAAAAUGUGAAAAAAACAAAGGUAGAUAAUAUCUAUAGUAAAAAAAAUAUUUGUGAGUUUAGCUUGUUCGAUGAAUUGUUCAUGGAAUAGGCACAGCUCAGGACAGGUAUGCCAUCUAAUCAAACCGGUAUGUCCUAUACAUUAUGGACCAUUACCCUUGAAUUCCUGAUGUUCAGAAUUCACUUUUACCCCCCUCCCUCCCAGCCUUUCACACCUGUAGCUCAUUUGAAUGGUAGCCAUCUUGGCGAGAGCAGCCUGCUAGCUAGCCUAGGCACCCAGCUGUUUCUUCAUCAUUGGCAGUGUUUAUCUGUUGUGGCUAGUGCCAUUCCUAGGGGAAAACUCCUUUGGGACCUCUAUCCAAAUCUAUACAGCCAUAUUUCUUGCAGCUUUACCCCCAGAAACAGUUACAAUAUUAUCAUGGCAAGAAAAAUGAGAUGCUGCUUCCUUCAUCUCUGCAUAAAUUGCUACAAACACAGAUUUGAAGAGAAUCUACAUUAAGAAGGUGAUACACAUGGUUCAAAAUCUUAUUUUGAAAUUUAUAAAAAAAAUGUAGGUCUGUAAUGAGUGGAAGUUUAUUACCAUGAGGGGUGGGAUUUCAUUUCCAUCAUUAAUGACUAAAGAGAGAGAAUUCUUUUCUUAUUGGAGUGAAAUUAUUUCACAUUCAUUUUAUUUAUUCCUGUAUGCUUAUAAUGAAUAAAAAAUAAACAUUAUUAAGUGGGGGUAAAUUACAGAUUACAUUUUGAUGAAUAAUUGUUCAGAGGAACAAAAAAUUGUAUUUAGAAUUAAAAAUCAGAUGGUACAAAUAUUCACAUUUCGAAGAACAAAUUAUUAUGCUUUUAAAUAAACCGAGAAUAUUUUUUUUUAUUAAAAAAAAAAUGAUUCCAGCCUUGUUUUUCAGGUAGGCCUGUUCAGUGAUAAAUCUUUUUUUCUACCUGAUUCAAAGAAUUAUAAAAAUGAUAGUUUUAGAAAAGAAUGUGGAAAAUGAUGUUACUAUCGUCAAUAAUGAGAGGGCCUUAAGCCAUAGGUCCUCUGGUUGCUUGCUUACAAGAAUUCAUGCUUUCUGAGCAGUCAGGUAAAAAUAUCACCACCACUACCACUACCACUAAAGUGGUGAUUUCUUCUCAAAAGAGAUAACAAGAUCGAGAGAGAGAAAGAGAGAAAGAGGGGAUAGAAAAGAGACAGGGGAACAUGGAGGGGAGUAAAGAUUAAGUGAGAGGAAGAGAGAGAGAGACAAAGAGAGAUGAGUGAUCAGAAAGAGAGAAUCUGGCACCUGCCAUGAGAAGAAUGAAUGGUAUAAAAGGUAUACAGAAAACUGAGGGAAAGAGAGGGAGAGAAGAGUUCGGUAGAUAAAAUUUUAUCGCUCAGCGAGAGAUAAAAACACGAUAUAGAAAACGUUGAAAGGUCAGAGCUUUUGGGGUAAGAAUAAACCGGAAAUGAGGAAAUUUCCAACAUUGCUACCCAUCUGAGUGAAAAAGUGCUCAAAAGGAAGGCUCUAAACUGGAGAAAUUAGAGAAAACCUGCACUUACUGACAAUCUUUACCAUCGAGGAUCAUAGCUUUGAAAGAGCAUCGCAGAGAAUAGAUAGGCUGAGUGUAUCUUAUCUUUCGCAAGGCGGCAUCAUUGUCACCGGCGCUGGCAUUUAUUGGCAGGGAGGUCUCCUCACGGCCGAAUGCCUGAGUAAACCGCAAGCUUAUUGGCUUACAAUGUUUUCGCUAAUGCAAGAGCACUCUAGCCGUUGAAUGGGAAAGGAAACCGUGUUGCGAGCGUCGUCUUCCUGUGCUAGAUCACGAUGUUAAUAACAUCAUCAUCGUCGAUAUUAAAAGAGAUGUAAUUGAAGAUUUUCUCACGUUUAUAGUCCAUGUCACUUGAAAGAGAAAGCUUAAUUCAUAGAUAUUGUUGUCGUGCCUUAGCCCCGAGUAGAGAGAGAGAGAGAGAUGCUUUUUUCUGUUAGUACCGUGAUGUGAUUUUAUUGGGUUUUUUCUUACUUUGAGUAGAAGAUUAUUACAUUUCCUUGAGAAAUGUGAAAGCUGUGAUGCCAUUCAUUUAGCAUCCUUUCACACAUUCCACAACUCGUUCAGUGAAUGUUUCUUGAGAAAGAUAAGAAAUUGGUGGCAGUUGCGACAAUGAAAUCCCUUGAUGGUAAAUUUUUGAAGGCUAUUAAAUCCGGAGAGAUUAUUGCCUUUUUAUCAUAUAGUAACAUAAAGAGGCAAAAUUGUAAUGAAUUUUAGCUCAGAUAUUUCAUAUCUGCCCAAGGUAGAAAUAUGAUUUAUAUACAUCUUUUUCAUGAGUUUGAUUACUUAUUUUCUGCAUAAGUGAUUCUUAAGAAAAAGGAUUCCUAUUUUCUGUUACAUGUAAUUUGGUUGUUAGGUUGAUCAUUGCACAUGUAUAUUGCUUUCUACCAUUUCAUUUUAUUCUUACUGACAUCUAUUUCGUUUUAAUUUUUGAAGAGUUUAUAACGGUUAAGUAUUCUCUAUUAAACAUACACUGGUAAAAUGAAAAUUAAUGAAACUUGAAACAUCUAUAUUAAUAUGAAACAAGAAAUAACAAAAUUAUUACAAGUUUGCAAAAACUGUUUUGAGUGAUGUGAUCAUAAAUUGGUCUGUUAAGAAAGUGAAAUGGCAAAUUAUAAAUGAUUCACAUCAGAACGAAAACAUCAAAGAUGCAAGGAAGAAGCAAUAAUAAUAAUAAUUAACAUCAUUUAUAUAGCGCUUAUCACAAAGAAUGUCUCUAAGGGCUUAAGGAAAAUACAUAGGAAGACAAGAAAUUUCAGCUAAAAUCAAAUUAUACAUGUUAACAGUUGAAAGUAGACAGUUGAAGCCGCAUAUGCUAAGGACGAUCUAUUUAACGAAAAGAUGAGUUUUUAACAUAGAUUUGAAUUUGUCAGUUGAGCAAGGAACAUACACUUUAUAUAAAUAAAAUAAGAAGUAAUAAUAUAGGAUUUGUAUAGUGCACGUAUCCACCUUGUUAGGUGCUCAAGGCGGUCCUAUAUACUACCCCAGCGAUGCUAGUCUACCUAUUCCGAUGUGCACAGCUUUUUGAGGAAUUACUUCCUGCCGGUACCCAUCUACUUCACCUGAGUUUUUAUAAGGAAAUUAA